GGCCGGCAGCCUCCUCGCGUCCCCCGGCGGGGUUGGGGCGAGAGGAGGGCGUUAUGCUGCUUCACCUGGUAGCCGAGUUUGACCUGCGGAGGGAUGUGGUGCCCUGGCUGGCAGCGCGGGGCUGGGCCGCGGCUCUAGAGAGAGAUGGUCAUCGACGCACCGUGUGAUGAACUUGAAACCUCAACUCCUUUGGGUGUUUCCAAUUAAUAUAUUCAACUUGCUUCCUGCGUUGAGCCCUGCGUUGAGCCCCACGUUGAGAGGCUGUUACCAAAUAGUUUCAUAAGAACUUCUUUGGAGAUACUUCUGAGAAUUCAUCAGAGCUCUACGUUGUAAAUGUAGAAAGAAAUGGAAAAAUUAUUUAUACGUGGAAGUUCUGGGAAUAAUGUGACCUCUGCAGCUUGUGUGGUAGGAAUGGCUGGAUGACAGAGCCUGAGAACUGAAACUAGCAAACUGCACAGCUGCGCUGCAGUUUUCGCCUCUCAAAUGCUGUCCUGAAGGAUAUGCUGCUGUUUCCUUUCCUGUUCUCUUACCAUCAUAGUCUGAUCUUUUUCUCCUGAGGAAAUCAGAGAAGUACUCACAUUGGAUUGUACGAUCUUCAAACUAAACAAAAUGAGCACCUCUAUAUGUUUGAGAGGGAUCUACGCAUAAUCAGUUGUUCGGUCAACAAUGAAAGGACGUUAUUGGCGGUCAGCUUCCGUCAAUAUACAGAGGAAGAAAGAGUAAGUCGGCUAUUACAGUCAGUAUCCAAGUAUUUAACCUUGCUAAUUGAAAUUCAUCCCAUUAAUAAUGUGAGAGUCCUAAAGGCUGUGGAUAGCUGUGUUCGAGUACAGUUUCUUUACCCAGCUGAAGACAGAAAUGCUUUUACAGGAAGUCGCCUCUUGCUAGUUUCAGAAGAUAAAUAUGUUGAACAAUUUGACAUUCAUGUUGUGGCAGAAGAAGAACACAAAGUGGUGAUACAAAACUCGGGUCAGCUUCCAAGAGCCAGAGUUGCAGAUGAUCUCAUUUGGGCACAAUGGGAUAUGAUGGAACAAAGGCUCUUCUACAUUGUUCCAAAGGAGUCAAGGAGUACUUUAAAAUGUGUCCAGUUUUAUCCUGAUGAAAAUUUUAACUCAAUACUGGAAUCACACUUGGAUAUUUCUGUAAAUGGCACACAAUUAAAACUUGUGAAUUUUGGAUACGAUUACUGUGAAGACCAAGAUGUUGCAUCUAAAUCUUUGAAUCUUCAGGUUUUUACAAGUAAAUCAGGAGGCUUGUGUGUGUGUUGCAGCCUACCCUCUGAUAUUCCUGGUGAAAUAAGAUACUCCAUAUAUUUUUUACAUAAAGGUUACAACAAAACUUUUACAGUUUCUCUAGAAAGAACAGAAUCUCAUCAAUUGAAGGAAGUGGCUUUUAUGAAUCUCGACUAUUAUGUGGCUGCUUAUUUGCCUGGCCAGUUCCUGCACCUCCUGAAUAUUCACCAUCCUGACCUGCUGUGCUAUAGUUUGUUUCUGACAGGUGAGGAUGCAAGAAUUGAGAUGUUGCAGAACAGUUCCCUCCGAUCCCCGCUCACGUCGACAGUCUUGGAUUGCCGCGUGGGAAGCAUGUACGCCCUGAGCAUCAGUGACAGCGCCGUGCUACGGCUCCUGCAGAACAGCACACGAGACAGCCAGAGAUUGGCAGCUCUGCAUUGUGCUCUCUUGCACUUCCGACACACAGAAGACUUGGAAAUGGAGAUUAUUUGGUGGAUUUCUGAGAACCUGUCAACAUGUCAUUCUUUUGACCCCAUUCAAGAAUUUAUCAUUGCCUCCCUAUACUGCAGAAUGUGUCCAGAAACUCACAACCUGGAUAAACUUCUGCCCUACACGUCACUGCUUGACUGGAUUGGGGUUAUCCCUGGAGUAACGUGUACAACAGACAUUAUUUCUCUGCCUGUGUUAGAGUUCCAAAACUCCAAAGGCUUCUGGGAGAAACUCAACUCGAAUUUGGAGAGUGUGAAGUACGCAGAGCCACACUUGCACUACCACAACAACGUGCUCAGGAGGGAAUGGCGUAACCUUUCAGAAGAGAGAGAGGAGAGAAAAACCACAGCGUAUUUGAGGAAUAUUUUUGAAAAUGCCAAAAAGGUGCUUUCUCAUCUAGACACUUGGGACUCUGAGGAAAGGCUAGUCCCUCUCUUUCAAGAGGAGGAUUAUCAGCAGCAGUUACUGAUGGGACUGAUGGUUGCUCAGCUAAAGGAUCACCUUAUGAGACAUCUACAGUAUGUAGGAAGAAAGAAGAUUGACCAAAUAGUUUUGGAUUAUGUUGCAAACUUGCUGAAUCUGGUACAUCGAAUAAUGAAAGAAGUUUGGAGGAGAUACCAGCUUCAUUCCUGCACCUUCUGCUUUGACGAGAGAGGAAGCGCAGCAGAGUUUGCGGUGUUCCACAUCAUGAGUCGGAUUCUGGAAGCUGCCAAUGGCAUGUGCCUGCCUUUACCCCCCGGUUUUCACACUCUGCACUUGGGGCUCGGUGUCCGCUGUCUGCCUCUGCACACCCUCCUGCACUACAUUGACAGUGGAGUCUUGCAUCUGACAGAAACGUGCGUCAGGAAAUUGCUGAAAGAUCUGGAUGACAGUGAGGAGAACGAGAAGCUGAAGUUCAGUAUUGUCACGAGGCUUCCUGAGGCUCUUGGUCAAAAGGUCCGCCAGUUCUGGAAUCAUCCCAUAAAUGCUCAUUUAAUUGCACGGAAAUAUGUGAAACUUUUGCUUGAGAAGCUGGGCAACAGGCAGUGCAACAGGCCUGUCCCCGAGAGACUCUCCGUCCCGGUGGAGUUUUUGCCACUCAACUACCUGACUAACGUGCUGGCAGAGAUAGAGGACCAAGGUGUGCAUCCAUAUGAAAAACAAGACGAUGUAAAUGUACGAUUUGUCGAGGAAACAGCACUCAAACACACUAUGAUGCUUUUGGGCCUCAGAUAUUCCUGAAAUAACGUGCUGUUGAAGAAAGCUGCCUGUGGAACUCUGACAUCAAAGCAUUCCCACAGAAGGGUGCUACCACCUGGGGGUGUUUUGUGUUUAAAAUGAACUUAAAUGUUACGUUGUUUCCAGAAUAAUCUGCAGUUUUGUGCAGUUACCAUUACUGAUAUAAGCUACUCAAAAUACUGUUUGAUGUAACAUAUUAAGGCUGAAAUCACUGACUUCUACAUAAAUCCUAGAGAAAUGAAUCUGACACAAACCCAGGCUUUCAGUGAAAGGGAUCUGUGGUUUCAUUGGUUCGUGUUGAAGUGUUAAAUGAGUGGGACUACAGUGGGUAUCAAAACACGCUGUGAGAAUUGGUAUUAAUGUCAAUUAUUUUAACAAGACAGACAAUCCUGAAAAAGAUAGUCCAGUUGUGUUGUACAGCAACAAGAAGCUGGUAGCUGUUUACUAAUGUAGAUUAAUAAGAGGCUUUCUUGCUGUAUUUAUGUAAAACAGGUAAGAGUGACAAAUGUUGAAUUGGUCUCUGCAUAUCAUCAGUAACAAUGUAUUCAUUCCUUGGGGUGCUUGUGUGUUACGGUACUUCUGCCUUUGGAGUUGGAUUCUAAUGUGUUCACUUUUGUAAUUAGCACAAAAUAUAAUCUUCUCAAAGUGCAUAUGGCAGGGUUUUGUGUUUGGUUUUUGAGAUACGUAUAAUAUAUUGUAAGCAAUACAAGAUAAGGAAGUUCUUUAGAAAUUUACCUUGAUGGUCACUUGGACAGAAUUUUACUUAAUUCUUUCCUUACAACUUUUAAUGUUACAGUUCAAGCCUCAGAUUCAAAAUGAUGGAGGUUUGGUUUUCCUUCAUUUUCAACUUUUAUAUAUAAAUAACUGACCCAGUGUUGUGUUUUGUUUUGUUGGGCUUUUUUGUUAAAGUUCUGAAUUGUGACAUUAAUUUAAAAUAGUAUUAGUGGUUUGCUAUCUUAACUUCUGUCAUGCAGGAUUUCUGCAGUCUUUAUUGGAUUUAAAACCAACUCUAUCAAAGUUUCCGACUAUUAAACUAGUGAAGCUUAUUGACAAAUUGAUAGAUUUUGGAGGUUUUCAAUAGCAACCUCUGAUAUUCUCUCUGAGCAGUUCCCACUGAUGCUCCCUGUUCCCAACCAGUGAAAUGAAAAGAUCCAGUUCUUAGAAGUGACGCGGCCAGUUCAUGGUGGUUCCUUUGUCAUUGCCAUCAGUGGAGCAAGAGUUUUAGCUUUCUCAGUAACUGCACAGAGGGAAAAUAUUUUUCCUCGAUGUAAUCAUAAUAUUUCUGGCAAGUGAAAGCUCCAAUCCCAGACUGCAGCAAGCCAUGUUGGUGUAUUUGUGUAAGUGUUGGGGACUUUGUUCAUAUUAUAUUCAUAACAAGAGAAGAUUUUCUAGCCUUUUCUUUUUAGUAUUAUAAAUGUAUUAUAAAAUAUAAUCAGAUGCAAUAAAAUGUCACCUGGGAAAAAAAUAAA